GGCAGGAAAAUAUACUGCAACGAGCUCAGACAGUGGUCGGAAAAAUGAAACGAUGCAGGGAAACUUUCGUUCGAGUAUGUGCCGACAUGGAUGAAGAGUGGCCCGGGCUUCCCCAAGUUUUUCUGUUUGGAGGAUGGGAAAGAGACGGCCAAGGAGGUCUUACUGAUGGUACCGCAUCACAGCCUGGAUCGCCGUCGGCAGGGCGUUUGAUGGCCACCACAAUCUUGUCCCGUCCUGCUUUCAAGCGACCUGCCAUAACUGGCCUCCCACAAACUCGGAGGGCUCGAAGGCCGUCGCGGCCAAGGGCAGCACCGGAAGAAGGGCCAAGUCAGCCUCGGAAAACCGAGACGAUUUCGAUUGAAGAAGACGAUGGCGAGGAGGAUGAAUUGCUGCGAGCCGAAGAUGAUAGGCAGGCCAAACAACGAGCCAUGGAGAGGGAGCCAGAAAUGGGCAAGGCCGACGUUGGGGAAGGAGAAUUGAAGAAGAAGAAGCAAGUUUACACAAUCCCAGUAGAGCAGGGGCUGGAUAUUGAGCAAAUCGUGGACCGGAUUUUGGAAAGCCAACGCGAUUUGUUCAUGCUCAAGGAGUUCUUGGCCGCCUCACCCAAAAUCCGAGAGGAGUUCAGACACCGAUUGUCAAGAAAAAAGGUGCAAGUUGGGCCGUGUGAGUACUCGGCUCUCAUCGACGAUGGAGCUGAAAUGAACAUUAUACGUGAAAGAGAAGCCCGGGGGGCAGGGGUCAAUAUCAAACGAGCAGAUACUGGAUUUCUGGUGGGUGCAAGUGGGAUAACUCCCUUUUGUGGAACGGCAAGUGACGUGACGGUACAGAAUCUACAGAGGCUGAACUCCGUGACGGUUCGUAAUGCCGGAGGACUUCCGCAAGCCGAUCAACUGUCUGAGUCGUGCGCAGGCAGGCCUAUCAUCACUCUCAUUGAUUUGUACUCGGGAUAUGAUCAAUUCCCUCUCUACACGGCAGACAAGCCGAUGACGGCCAUGCAUACGCCGAGGGAAUUAAUUCAUAUGUGUGCGGCGCCUCAGGGAUGGACGAACGCCGUAGCAAUUGUUCAGAGAUAUAUGAUGAGAGUCAUGCAACCACUUUGUCCGGACGUGACCUCACCUUAUAUCGAUGACUUGGCCAUACCUGGACCGCGCGUGAAGGAUGAGACGGAGGUGCUGCCAGGCGUUCGAAAGUUUGUUUGGGAGCACGUCCGUAACGUGGAGAAGGUCAUGUCCAAGUUAAAGGAGUACAACCUCACCGCCAGCGGUGUCAAAUCUCGACAUUGUAUGCGUAAGGCAACUAUCUUGAGCUUCUUGUGCGAUGAGAAGGGCCGUCGGCCAGAUUCCAAGAAGACAAACAAGAUUCUGGAAUGGCCGACUCCGCUUAAGUCCAUCACUGAUGUGCGCAGUUUUUUUGGGACUUGCGGAUUCUGGCGCAUCUUCAUUCGCAAGUUCGCCGUAAGGGUGGACCACCUACGGAAGUUGAUGCGUAAAAAUCAGGAAUGGGAAUGGGGUCCAAAGGAGCAGGCGGCAGUUGACGAUACCAAGACACAAUUCCGAGAAGGAGGGUUGAUCCUGGGGGUUCCGUACUUUGACAAUGACCCGAAUCGGCCCUUUGUGGUUGAAACGGAUGCAGGCCCCACAGCGUUGGGUGGAAUCCUCAUCCAAAAAGAUGGAGAAGGGCGAGAAAGGCCAUUGAGAUUUGAAAGUCGAACGCUGAAUGAGGCGGAACGAAAAUAUUCCCAAUUUAAAAAGGAAACCCUUGCAGUGCUUCAUUGUUUCAGGAUCUUCCGAAACUACGUGUUUGGAAGACGGUUCGUCCUGCGGGUUGAUCCGACCGCCCUGGCGCAGUUAUUGAAGAAUUAUUCUCCCUCGGAUCCAACCAUUGCUCGAUGGUUGAUCUAUAUCUGGAUGUUCGAUUUCGAGAUCGAGCGUAUUGCAAGAGCGAAAAAUCGAGCAGAUGGAUUGAGUCGGAUCGAGUGGGACUCCUCGAAAAAUCAGGCAGAAGACUCAGUUCCUGUGGAUGGGUUCUUGGAGGCGGACGAACAACAAUUAAGUAUCAAUGUUUGGGAGUACAUCACUAAUGCCUCGUCCCGACCUGGGAAGUCUAUCUGGAGUUCGCCGAGUUGUUAUCAAAGGCGUUCAGAACUUGUAAGGAGAGAGCCCUUUAUUGAGGAGGAUCCUUGGGGCAAACGAUCUGCUGAGCAAAUGAUGAGGUUGGCAUUGUCGGAUCCGGUACGACUGUCAGAAGAGUCAUUUACGAUUGAAGGAGGAUAUGAGCAAGGCGACGAAGUCCUCAGGACCUCCGGGGGAAUGGUAUUUCUCGUUUAUUCAUUAAUACAAGAAGAUCGCAGCAAGUUAAUAUUGGAAGAAGGCGAAGGCAUUGGGAUCAAAGAAGCCUUUCGCGAGGAAGAAUAUGAUAGGACUUAUAAGAAAAUUGGGUUUUGGUUGAAUGGGGACCUGAAUGAGGCAGAGAUAGAGCCAAAAAUACGAGAAAAGGCAAAGGGUUUUGUCGUUCGACAGGGGCAUCUCUUCAAAAAGUCUGACGAUGGUACGCCUAAGAGAGUGGUGUGUGGGGUUCCCAGACAGUUGGAUGUGAUUGCGGCCCUACAUGAUGGAGUGACAGAUGGACAUCGAUCUGCUCGAGUGACAUUAAGAAAGAUUCAACAUCUCUAUUUUUGGGAUGGUUUGGGUAGGAUGGUGGUGGAAUUCUGCAACUCGUACAUCCCCUGUCAGAAACGUUCAAAUCUCCGUUAUGCUGAGCCACUUAAUCCACGAUAUGUGGUUGAGCCAGGGGCGGUUGUGCACCUCGACCUGGUCGUUAUGCCACCCGGACUUAAUGGGUAUAGGUACAUAUUUGAUGCGAGAGACAAUCUUACCGGGUUUGUUGAUGGGCGUGCAAUCCGUGAGCGAACCGGAAAGAUUUUGGCGGAGUAUAUCGAAGAGUUUUACCUUCGGUACCCAUUUGUUCGGGAAUUUGUGAUGGAUCGAGGCGGCGAAUUUCGGGCAGCAGAGGUUCAGGCUCUUAUGANUAUCGAAGAGUUUUACCUUCGGUACCCAUUUGUUCGGGAAUUUGUGAUGGAUCGAGGCGGCGAAUUUCGGGCAGCAGAGGUUCAGGCUCUUAUGAAAAGACUGGGAGUGAACUAUAGUUACACCACUAGAGCACAUCCCCAGGUUAAUGCUCUGGUCGAACGUGGGCACGCCACCUUGACUAAUUUGCUAGCCAAAUGGUGUGCUGGCAAGCCGUCAACAUGGUCCGUCUAUCUCAGAGCUGCCAUAUUUGUUGAAAAUAUAACUGUGAAAGGAACUACUGGGUAUGCUCCGGUUACGUUAUGGUUUGGACGAUAUGCUACAUUUCCAAUUGAGAGUUUUCUGACCACAUGGCAGAAACAGGAUAUGAAGGCCAUGCUUUCUACAGAAGAGUUGCUGGACCUGAGGGUCAGACAAAUAAAGGCGACCAAGGAAAGAGUUGUAGAGGCUGCUGCUUCAACUGCGGACAGUAGACGGGCGGACAAAGUUAGAUGGGAUAAGCAACCCCGGGUUAGAAAGGAGCCGUUGGAAGUUGGGGAUAUUGUCCUCCUCUAUGGCUCUUCUCUUGAAAAGCAGUGGUCGAGGAAAUUAGAUAAUCGAUGGAUGAGGCCAUCAUUAAGAAAACAGAGCAUGGGGCAUACGAGAUUGAGGAGAUGGAUGAAGUACGUGGGCGAGAUUGGGUUUCAGGCUCACGCUUGAAGAAGUUUGCCUUACUUUUCUUAACAGACGUUGAUAUCCCUGACUAACUUCAUUUUACGACUAAGUAUUUGUAGGAUAUAUUUUCCAUGUAAUGGACAGACACAUAUGGACUUGUAAUGAAUUACUUGUUGACAU